CUCCUCUUCACUCUGGAGACACAUCGAUUGUCCCUUGAAUUCUAAGCCAAGUCAAUCGGAGCCCCUAGCGUAUCCGUCCACGUAUGUCGUCACAGGUCUCUUUCUACACGGCCUCUUGAUUCGCAACGAGAUAUCCAUAGGGAAAUAUAUAUACUCAUAACCGACCAGAUAGUCUCGACCAUCACAUCACGACUAAAACCAUCCCCGAAUACGGCCAUUGCACCCCUUCCGACAACAUCCAGCACGUCCCACCCAACCCCUAACCAUGGCGAAAUCCGCCCGCCGGGCAGGCAAGGCAAAGGCCUCAACUACACCCUCCUCGUCAGGAGCAUCAUCUCCCAGCUCGCAGACAGGCCCUCUACCGCCAUUCAUGCGCGCUCCCUCUUCCCUCCAACCCUUCCUUGACAUACUCUCCCCGCGCGAAGUCUACCUCAUCCACGUCGACAACUCCCCACAAGAGAUGAAGAAACAAGCCUUCCUCGUCCCCGUCGUCCUCAACAUCGUCAUCGUCGCGAUCAUCGCCAUCCGAAUCUACAUGGUCCGCGAAGUCUACCCGGCCCUCUUCGCGACCCUAAUCGGCCUCACCUCCUCCAUGAACGUCGACACAACAACCAUGUCCUGGAGCGAGAUCGCCCAAACCAUCAUCCGCCGCACAGGCACCUUCCUCAUCGACUACUUCCUCCUCACCAUCUUCGUCUCCUGGCCCAUCCGCUUCAUCCAAGGCCCCGUCACCUGGCGCCGCCGCAUCGGCUUCCUGAACCGCGAGAUCAUCGUCCGCCGCAGCCAGCGCUCCCUCAGCGACACCCUCGAACGCAACCGCUGGAUCCGCGAGGACGACGCCGCCCGCGACAAGAUCGUCGCCGCCGUGACCCCCGACAAGCUCCUCAAAACGGGCUUCCUCCUCGUCGACGCAGACUGGGACCUCGACUACCCCGCCAUGGUUCGCGCCCACAACCUCGUCUCCUCCCCGCGCACCCGCAAAGACAACAACGACAGCAAGGACAAACCCAACAACCUAUCCCUCGACGACUUCCGCACCGCCGUCCUCGUCAACACCGACGCCGACGGCUGGCUCAUCUGGCACGUCGGCGACGAGAACGAGAUCUCCAACCCCAACUCUUCCUCCCCAUCUCCUUCUUCCCCGGCCGGCAAAGAGCGCUCCGCCCAGCGCGACCAGAUCAUCGCCUUCAGAGACCGUCUGUCCGCCCUCGGCAAAGAGGACCUCUUCUUCCGCUGGGUCGAGCUGAUCCAGUACGAGAGUACCCGUCCGGGCGGCUUCACGCCGGAACGACAGGCCUCCGCCAUGGAACAGGUGAAGCAGCUGUUUGAGGAAGCGGGUGUUGAUUUCUCCCAGUUUUGGGAUGAUGUGGGAGGUAUGGAGGGGAUGCCUGGGGAGGGGUUUGUGGAUCAGUUGGAUUGAUUUCAUCCCUUUCACCCCCGUAAUUAUCUCUUUUCCUUUUCUUUUUCUUGUUUACUUAGUUGUUGAUGGUUGCUUUUUUGGUUCUCUCGAGCGGCGUUGGGUAUAGGAACAUAUAUAAAUAACCUUACUGUCUAUCCCUCACUAGCAUUACAAUGAUAUAUAAU